UCAGGCCCAGAUCAGGCCCAGGCAGACCCCACCCCUAAAACCAGCAGCCCUGGCAGCUCUCAACCGGGAGCUAGCCAGGCAAGUCAGUGUGAGCAUAGAGAAGGAUCCAGUCUACCACCACCAGACAUCAAUAAUGACUGGCCAGACCUGUGGAGUGCUAAACAAACAGAAGACUUCAAAUCCAAGAACCCCUGGUUGGGAUCCAAAAACAAAAAAAUUGGGAUGUCUGGUCUGUAGCAGUGUGAACUCCAUUGGGAUCGACAAGGAGCAAGGACAAGGUGUAUCGCUCUCAAGAGAAUGGAUGAACUUUGAAAUUCAAGUGUCUGGCCAGGGAAGUAGAACAACAAGUUUGUCAAUCUUGAGAAAUAAGGUGAGGAAACAUGCGUUGUCCAAGGCCCACACUCAGGCUGUGAAGGUGGCAGAGCAACAGAAAGAAGCUGCCAUUGAGAAUGCAGUGGAGACUAUGACUGAGUCCUACAUGAAGGAAACUGAAGCUGUGUUUCGAACAGCCUACCAUCUGGCCAAAAAGAACCGACCCUUUUCUGACCAUGAGAGCCUCAUUGAGCUGCAGGAACUGAAUGGUGUAAAAAUGGGCUCAAUACUUCAUUCACGUUACAGUGCAACACAAAUAAUACAACAUGUUGCUAGUGAGAUGCAGAGCAAAAUCAUCAGUAGCAUUAUAGCAUCAUCCAGUAAGUUAGCUGUCCUAAUUGACGAGGCAUCUUCUUUAAGUCACAAAGCUGUCAUGACAGUUUCUAUUAAAGCAUCAAUUCAAGAAGAAAGCCCUGAGUUCAUAUUCCUGGAACUUGUUGAACUGGAAAAUCAGAGAGCAGAUGGCAUAUUACAGGCGUUACUCACCUGUUUAACUAAUGCUGGCUUUACAGAAGAGUGGCUUCAUGAAAACUGGGUAACAUUUGUAUCUGAUGGAGCCAGUGUCAUGCUAGGAAAGAAGUCAGGAGUAGCAACCAGACUGACUUUGAGAUUCCCAAAGCUUUUUGUAUGGCACUGCAUGAACCAUAGACUUGAACUUGCUGUGUCAGAUGCAGUUGAUGAGGUAAACUCUGUCAAUCACUUUAAAACUUUUAUCCAGAAGCUAUACUCUCUGUAUAGUGUGUCAAACAAAAAUGAACGUGAACUUGUUAAUGCAGCAGCUGAAGUAGGCUCACAACUUCUUCGCAUUGGCAGAAUCUUGGAUGUACGCUGGGUGGCCAGUAGCUUUCGGACUGUUCGUGCUGUUUGGACAUCCCUGGGAGCUCUUGUGCAGCACUUUAAAAAUGCUUGCAGUGAUGAGAUGAGGUCCACCAAAGAGAGGCAGAUGUACAGAGGUUUGUUAGACCGUGUUCAAAGUCCAGAAUUCAUUUGUGACCUUGGCCUCAUGUACGACACUCUCCAUGAACUAAGUCUCCUGUCACAGGAGCUUCAGUCUCGUUCUAUAACGCUCCUCAGAGCAGAGCAUCUGCUGAAACGCUCAAUCAGAGUGAUCCAGUCAUUCAAAGAGAGUCCAGGUGAGAAAUAUAGUGAGGCUUUAGAAGCAAAACAGACUGGGGAGUAUCGGUCUAUAGCCCUGAAAACAAAUGCAAAGCUGAAGUCUAUCAAUCCAGGCCAGUUCUUACAAAGCCUUGUGAACAAUCUGGAGAAACGCUUGUCUUUUGAAGAUGAGACCAUCAUGGACCUCAGCAUCCUUGAUCAGAGUAAGUGGCCAUCAAAGCCCAGCAUCCGCCAUGGUGAAGAACAAGUUAAGCGACUGUGCAAGCGAUUUAACUUGUGCACAGACCAAGCACUGAAUGGGAUGCGGGACCUACUGGAAGAGCCCAGUAGUGAGCCCAAGGACCUAAAACCACUUAUGAACUGUAUGAAAACAUUCCCUGUCGGUACAGCAGAGUGUGAGAGGAAUUUUAGCCUUACGAACAAUAUAAGCUCAGACAAGAGGGCUGUCCUUCUGAUCUCAAACAUAUCAAACUUGAUGAUGAUUAAUAUCAACGGCCCACCAACUUCCAAGUUUGAUCCUAGAAAAUAUACAAGGACCUGGUUGAAGAGCCAUCGUGCUGCCUCUUCGGUGCGUUCUAGACAGUGCAGUGUGAAAGCUCCUGCAGAAAGCAAAUUUGUCUGGAAUAUACUGUAGUAUGAGCAAAGGUCAGAAACCCAGUGCUGGGUUGAGAGAGUAUAUCACUGUUGAUGUGUUGUUAAUGCAUAUAUUUUUGUUAAUUGUUAACUAAAUAUUGUUGUAACAUAUUUUGUUGAAUGAUUUACCGGUAAAUGAACAUGUUCAAAACAAAGCAUAUAGCAAUAUGAACAAGGAUGCAUUGUCACCUUCAGAUUUGAAGUAUUUUAUUUAAAUAAAUGUGCAAAAAAUAAUCGAAA